CCAGUGUUUUGGACAUCAGCACUCCUGACUAACAGCUCCACCCAGUGGAGAGCUGUGGUGACGACAGGAAGGUUCCUGAAGACUCUGGAGCUCCUCCAGUUAGAAUACAAAAGCUGGGGCAGUCCCACUGCUGAGACAGAAAGCAACACAGAAGAGGACAGACACUUUAACAGUGUUUCAUCUCAGAUCAAGAGGACUCAACACUAAACACACAGUGAAGAUGCUGUGCUCUCACAGACUCCACUCUGCCCUCAGUCCAGUCAUGGACUUGUACUGGCCUGUACGCAGUCUGUGGCCAGAGGUCAAGCCUCUGCUCUACCAGCAGGAGCUACUGCAGAGAAACCUCCAGGAGCUCCGCAGCAGUCUGGAGCUGAUGGACAAACUUCAACACAACAUCCUGGAGGAGACGGAGCCUUUCCAAAGCAGUGUGGCCCUGAGACCGCUCUCCUACCAGCUGGAGAAAGAGGGAGAGCGCUUUGGCCUGACCCUGGACACUCAAGGCUUUUCCCCAGAGGAGCUGUCUGUCAGGCAGGUGGGCAGGAAGCUGAGAGUCAGCGGGAAGACAGAGAAGAAGCAGGAGGAGGGAAAAGGCUCCUACUCUUACAGACGCCAGGAGUUCAGACAGGAGUUUGAUCUGCCUGAAGGGCUGAACCCUGAAGCCGUCACCUGCUGCCUGGCUCCAGACGGGAAGCUCCACAUCCAGGCGGCCAGAGCUCCAUGUGUUGAGGAGGCUGAGAGAGAGCUGACCAUCAAGAGGAGCUCGGAGGAGAAACCACAGCAGAGUGUGUGUUCACACACAGAAGGCAGCAGCACAGAGACACACAACAGCACACAGGACAAACCUGAAGACAUGGACUCAGCUACAUGUUGUUCUAACAAUGUGCAGUAAAUGUGGCUUAUAAAUGUGUUGAAUGAUGAUUAUAUGAGCGUUUUGUUUAUUAUUGAAUAUACACAAUAAAUAUUGUAUAUAUAAAAGAGAAAAUUCAGCUUAUUUAAUUGUAUUUUUACAUUUGACAAAAAUAAAGUAUAUUUCUGUAGGUUUAAAAUACAACACUUACAAUAACAUAAGGUUCAAGUGUUAAAUGAUAAGAAUGUGUUUCAAUUUGUUUAUGCAUGAUCAAAAAAUGUAUUGAAACUUUCACUAUGUUUUUGUAAAAAAAAUUUUACUGUAGGUAAAAAACAAAACAACAUUAAUAGCUACAACAGCAUAAAGGGUAUAAAGAGUAUUUUGUUAGUGUUUACCUUCAUUAGUGAGGGUAUGAGCUGGAAUUAAUUAUGAAUUACAUUUAUUAAAGUUUUGGUGACAUGAAAAUUGUUCGAUAACUUU